GACGGGGGGACGUGCCUCGGGCUGGGGGCACCGGGCACUGGGCAGCAGGGAGGAGCAGGUGACCUGGGGUCACCGAGGACACCGGGGCUGGGCAGUGGCACCUCGAGCGGGGUCACCGGGGACAUGGGAGAGCAAGGAAGUGUAAGGCGGUGACAAGGAGGAACAGGAGUGUCUGGCCUCAGGCAGGGUGACUGGCGACGCCAGGGGAUGGGGGGACGCGAGGCUCGAGGCAGCAGGGCCUCAGGGACACUGGGGGGCCUCUGGGGUACAGGGGAGCCUUGGGCUGGGGACGCCGGGGGCUGCCGGGCCUUGGGCUGCGCUGCUGGUGGGACAGCUGUCGGGGCUCGGCAGCGCCUGCCCUGUGUUUAGUCUCCACAGUGGAAUGUGGUGGAGUGACCUUGGACCCUGGCUGGGAGCAGCACCACGCGGGUGGUGUCCUGGACAGGGACUGUGGUGUGCGAGGCCGGGAGGCGAUGCCCUCUCACCUGAUUCCUGCCCCGCUGGCCCUGGCACUGCUGUGGGGCCCCAUGCUGGCACAGCCACCCCACUUCCCUGGCCCCUGCAGCAGGCAGGCCUGGGCAAGCCGUGCUGGGUGCAGGGGUGCCAGCCAGGCUCAGCCUAAUCCCCCCAAGUAUGCCCUGAGCAGGCAUUCCUCCAGGGAUCAUGGCAGGCACAGCUCUAGCCCCCCCCCCCUUCCUACCUGCCUUUGCUGCCACUGGCAGCCUGGCUUCAUCCUCUGUGUGCUCUGUGCUGCCCUGCAGCAGCCCCAACGCUGCCCCACCAGCACGGCAGCCUGGGGUCUCUCCGCAUCCUGGACCCCUUGCCCCGCCAGCACGGCAGCCUGGGGUCCCUCUGUGUCCUGCACCCCCUGCCCCAGCAGCACGCGCCAAUCCCCUGGCACUUGCUGGCUCCCAGCUCCUCAUAGCCCCGUGGCUGCUGACAGAGGCAGAGGGGGGCCUGUGCUCAUGCCCCCUCCCUGCCCUGCCCCUGGGGCUGCCUGGCUGCAGCCUCCUCUGCAGGGGCUGGAGACAGGGGUGGGGGCACAGGUUUGACGGAGCCCCUGGGAAUGUUCCUGUGAGCAGGCGGGGGUGUGCCAGGGCCAGCAGCAGCUCAGGGGUCUGCUCAGCCUUGCUGCUGCCCAGAGCCUCCAAGGCUGCCCAUCCCCACUUGUCUGUCCAUUCCCAGCUGUGUGGGACCCGUGUUGUGGGGGUCGCCCUGCCCAACCUCUGCUCAGCUGGGUGAGGGUGCCGCGGCUCUUCCUGCGCCUCCUCACCAGUGCACACUGGGCUCUGCUGCCUGUUCACUUGCCCGCACUAGCCCCAUCCGUGGGUCCCGUGGGGCUAGGAGCUGCCGGUAGGGCCAAUCCUGCAGGGUGGGCUGCUGUGGGGGCGGCUGCUCUGGCACUGGCUGGGCUGUGCCAGCCCCAGGGCAGCAGGCUGGCGCCAGGGCUGGUCCGGUUGUGCUGGGCUUGGCUGAGCUCUUGCACCGGGGGCAGCUCUGCCGGGCUUGGCGGGGCUGUGUGGUGCUGGCGUGGUUGAGUCGUGUUAUGUUUGGCUGGGGCAAGACCGGUGCUGCCGGGCUUGGCGGCACUGUCCUGCACCGGGGGCGGUUGUGUUGGGUUUGGCCAUACUGGGCCAGUUCUGCCGGGCUUGGCAGAGCUGCGUGGGGCUGGCAGGGCCGGUGCUGCCGGGGUCCUGGGUGGGACUCUUUUGCAAUUGUGAUCUCGGUGUUCUUUGGAAGAGGCUCCCGUUUCUCUUGGCGAGGGCCUGGGGGUGGGCCGUGUGGUGCUGAGCCCAGCCCAGAGGGCGGAGAACGAGAUGUUUCUCAUGCAGCCUGGCCCCUGCCUCACGCUGCCUUCUUGAGGCUGAGGAGCGAGCGAAGGUCUCUGCAGUGUCCCAAAGGUCCCUGCAGUGUCCCAGCACUGACACCCAUCCCUCCUCCUGCAGCUCUGAGUGCCAGGGAGAUGCUGGCCAGGACCUGCUGCCGGGGUGGCUGCCAGGGCUUGGUGUGCCCAUGAGGCUGGUGGGGCACAGCUGGGGCGGGUGGCCGGGUAGUGGUGGCUCCGGCAGGACAGUGACAACUGAAGACACUCGCCAUGGAGUUCACGGUGAUCGACUACAGCAUCUUUGUGCUGCUGCUGGUGCUGUCGUCAGCCAUCGGGCUCUUCUACGCACUGAGCGGGGACAGGCAGCGCACAGUACAGGAAUUCCUUCUGGCCAACCGCAACAUGAGCUUCCUGCCUGUUGCCCUCUCCCUGCUGGCCACCUUCCAGUCAGCUGUGGCCAUCCUGGGAGUGCCGGCCGAAAUCUUCCGCUCCGGUACCGAGUACUGGUUCCUCGGCUGCUCCUACCUCCUGGGGCUGCUCAUCCCAGCCCACAUCUUCAUCCCCGUCUUCUACCGCCUGCGCAUCACCAGCACCUACGAGUACCUGGAGCUGCGCUUCAACAAGACUGUGCGGGUCUUUGGCACCAUCACCUUCAUCUUCCAGAUGGUCAUCUACAUGGGGGUGGUGCUUUACGCGCCCGCACUGGCCCUUAAUGCAGUGACAGGCUUUGACCUUUGGAGUGCAGUGCUCACCAUGGGGCUGGUCUGCACACUGUACACCACGCUGGGCGGGCUGAAGGCCGUCAUCUGGACAGACGUCUUCCAGACGCUGGUGAUGUUCGCGGGGCAGCUGGCUGUCAUCAUUGUGGGUGCCCAGCGGGUGGGCGGUAUGGCCCGCGUCUGGCACCUGGCAGAUAAGGAGGGCAAGAUCUCCAGCAUCAACCUGGACCCCGACCCCUUUGAGCGGCACACCUUCUGGACCCUGGCAUGGGGGGGUGUCUUCAUGAUGCUGUCGCUGUACGGGGUGAACCAGGCACAGGUGCAGCGGUACCUCAGCGCCCGCAGCGAGCAGGAGGCCAAGCUCUCCUGCUACGCCGUCUUCCCCUGCCAGCAGAUCGUUCUCUGCCUCAGCUGCCUGACUGGCCUUGUCAUGUUUGUCUAUAACCAGGAGCACCCACUGGCACCCAACCAGCGCCACAGUUCUCCUGACCAGCUGGUGUUGUACUUCGUGAUGGACGUGCUGCAGGACCUGCCAGGGCUGCCUGGGCUCUUCGUUGCCUGCCUCUUCAGCGGGUCCCUCAGCACCAUCUCUUCUGCCUUCAACUCACUGGCCACUGUGACAAUGGAGGACCUGGUCCGGCCCCACUGCCCCGGGCUGUCGGAGUCACGGGCCACGCUGCUCUCCAAGCUGCUGGCUCUUGGGUAUGGAUUGCUGUGCCUGGGGAUGGCCUACGUGUCCUCCAUGCUGGGCCCUGUGCUGCAGGCGGCCAUCAGCAUCUUCGGCAUGGUGGGGGGCCCACUCCUGGGACUCUUCUGCCUGGGCAUGUUCUUCCCCUGUGCCAACCCCACAGGUGCUAUCACAGGGCUGCUGGCAGGGCUGGCCAUGGCCUUCUGGGUGGGCAUUGGUGGCCUGCUGCACAACAUGAGGGCGGCUGAGGCGCCCCCCCCACCCAAUGGCACAGCGCUCCCCGCUUCGGGCAACCUCACCACCAUUCUCACCACCACCCUGCUGGCCCCCACGCCGACCCCCCAGAGCCCCACAGGGCUGCAGAAGUUUUACAGCCUGUCAUACAUGUGGUACAGCGCCCACAACUCCACCACCGUCAUCCUGGUGGGGCUCCUGGUCAGCCUGCUCACUGGCCCCACGCCGCCAGCUGAUGUGGACCCCCGCACCAUCUACCCGGUGCUGCCCCGCCUGCUCUGCUGCCUGCCCCAGAAGUACAGGCAGAGGCUGUGCUGUGGGGUGGCCUUCCCUGCCCAGGGUGCCGACCACGCAGACGCCACGGUGAAGAGCAAUGGGGUGGCCAACGGCCUGGCCCCGCCCGGGCUGCAGGAGGAAGAGGAGGGACAGGGCUACAUUCGUGCGGCUGGGGCCCCCACCUACGCCCUGCAGGAAACCUCCUUCUGAGCCUACCCCCACCCCCGGCAGGGGUGUCCUGGCUGCCCCCUGCCCCCUAUCCCAGCCUACCCCCGGCCGGGAGGCAUGGACCCCCUGUGGGGUGCCUGCAUAGGGCUGGGGAGCACCAAAUAACUAGGAGGGGCUGGGUCCCUGCCCGGGGGGGGGCUGUCUGGGCUGCACCCCCUGCCAGCAGCGCCUCUGCCUGUGCUGGGCUCUGCCCCCCCCCCGCCGGGGGGCUCUGGGACCAUGGGGUGGGGUGGUGUCAAGAGUGGUGACCUAUUCCGCUGCCUCGGGCCGGUAUGCUGCCCGGUGCCCCCAGCCUAGCCACGUGCCUUAACGCACCAGUCCUGGGUUGGGGGCCACCCAGACCCCUGGGGGUGCCAAGCAUUGCCCCCUCCUCCUUCCAGACCCCCAUCACCCAUCUCUGUGUUCACUGUGCCCCCAAUAAAUUGUUCUGGAGUGCAAGUGUCA